AUGACGCUGAAAGAGGAAUUCGAGACGCGCAACUUCAGCAUCUACGCACAAUGGCUCGGCGUCCUGUCCAUGAUCUUGUGCUUCGCCGUCGGCCUGGCCAACAUCAUCACACUUGAUCUCUUGAUCAUCCCCUUUGCGGCCAUCUGCCUCGCAUCAUCCUUCCUCAUUCUCUUCAUCGAGGUACCAUUGCUCAUGCGCAUCUGCCCGACGUCGUCUGGCUUCGACGCGGCCGUUCGCCGCAUCUCGACCAACUACAUGCGCGCCGCCGCCUACGGAAUCAUGGCCCUCGUCCAGUGGCUGUCCAUCAUCCGCAACGCUACCAGCCUCAUCGCUGCCGCCGUCACCCUCACCUUUACAGCUCUGUGCUACACGCUAGCCGCCGUCAAGGGCCAGGCUUUUGUCGGGAGCAAGACCCUCGGCGGAGCGGGCGUGGCACAAAUGAUUGUAUGA